GUUGUUUUUGAUUUCAAAUUGGAACGUUGUGCGGUCGGAGUUUUUCACGUCGAAGAAGAGCGAAGCACCGAAAAAUCAAAAAACACAAAUUGCUCCUCUCGGGUCGUGGUCGUUGUGGGUUAAUUGGAAUAUUUAUAUUUCAAACACCAUAAAAAAAGAAAAGAAAAUAGAGAGAAAAAGCUGCAAAAACAAAAAAAACAUUUUUGCAGAUUUAAUUGCAUAUUGCAUAUUGCUCGUGUGUGUGUGAGCUUUGUUUUUUUUUUUUGGGUUUUUUUUACAGUAAGCUCGAACGGUACCGUUAGUGCGCUAAUCGUUGUGUAUAUUUGCUUAUAUAUUUAAUAUAUUUGCCAACAAUAACAUAAAACACAAUUUAAUAUCUUGUGCAUGCAACUCUGCCUAAAGCAGAGCAUCUGAAUCAGCACCAGCAGUGGCAGCAGCAGUGAAACAGAGAGAGAGCUACUGCCCGAGUGUCUGCUGCAUCUCCGCAUAGAACACAAAAAAUAUUAAUAAAAGCUCCAAACGACGCCUACGACAACAGGAGCGAGAAAAUUUGAAGGAAAAAAGGUCGCCAUCACUUUGAAUUGGAACUUGGUGGUUGCAGCAGUUGCAGUUGCAGUUGCCCUUUUUUUUUGAAAACGAGCUGCUGUGCGCUUGCACCCCCCCCCACUGCAGGUGGAGCUACGUGGUGCUUGGUGGCAGGAUACGAAAAAAUAGACACGAUUAAUUGCCAAAAUGUCGUCGCCAAUUGCACAAAGUAACAGCAGCAGCAGCAAUCAGCAAUCGCAGCAGAAGAGCAAUGCCGUUGGAUCAAAUUCUGCAUCUUCUGGUGGGGUAAAUAAUGCAACACACGAUAGCAACAAGAAUGUAUCAGGGACGACGACGACAGCAGCAGGAGCAGGAGCAGUAGCAGCAGCGGGUAGCAACAACACAGCAGCAGCAACAACUGCAGCAACAACAACAGCAGGAUCUGCCUCAUCCGGAGGUGGAGGAGGAGCACCACAGAGCCCGACAAAACGUAGCACAAUAUCGACUAAGGAGCGUGUCAUCGAUAGUGUACCGUUUCCGCCAAGCCGCAAACUCACCUGCGCCGAUGUAUUUGAUGCCCGCAGCGGCAAACCGCAACACGAUGUACUUAAACAGCACUUUAUACUGGAGGGCAGGAUCGAGGAGAGUGCCGCCCUGCGGAUCAUACAGGAGGGUGCGACAUUGUUGCGCCAAGAGAAGACAAUGAUCGAUAUUGAGGCCCCUGUGACCGUGUGUGGCGACAUUCAUGGUCAGUUUUAUGAUUUGAUGAAACUCUUUGAAAUUGGCGGCUCACCGGCCACAACAAAAUAUUUGUUUUUGGGCGAUUAUGUGGAUCGAGGCUAUUUUAGCAUUGAAUGCGUUCUAUAUCUGUGGUCACUGAAGAUCACAUAUCCGCAGACAUUGUUCCUGCUGCGCGGUAAUCAUGAGUGCCGGCAUCUAACCGAGUAUUUUACCUUCAAGCAGGAGUGUAAAAUCAAAUAUUCGGAACGAGUCUAUGAUGCCUGUAUGGAUGCAUUCGAUUGCCUGCCACUCGCUGCGCUAAUGAAUCAACAAUUCCUAUGCGUGCAUGGUGGACUGUCGCCGGAGAUACAUGAAUUGGAGGAUAUAAGACGCUUGGAUCGCUUUAAAGAGCCACCGGCAUUUGGGCCGAUGUGCGAUCUGUUGUGGUCCGAUCCGUUGGAAGAUUUCGGUAAUGAGAAAAACUCCGAUUUCUAUACGCACAAUUCGGUGCGAGGCUGUUCAUAUUUCUACAGCUAUGCGGCUUGCUGUGACUUCCUGCAGAAUAAUAAUCUGCUAUCGAUCAUUCGGGCGCAUGAGGCACAGGAUGCCGGCUAUCGGAUGUAUCGCAAGAGCCAGACCACCGGUUUCCCAUCGCUGAUUACCAUAUUUUCGGCGCCAAACUAUCUCGACGUUUAUAAUAACAAGGCCGCUGUGCUUAAGUAUGAGAACAAUGUGAUGAACAUCAGGCAAUUCAAUUGCUCUCCCCAUCCAUAUUGGUUACCCAAUUUCAUGGAUGUGUUCACCUGGUCGCUGCCAUUUGUCGGCGAAAAGGUCACCGAGAUGCUAGUGAAUGUCCUCAACAUUUGCUCCGACGACGAGCUAAUGACCGAGGAGAGCGAGGAGCCCCUAUCGGACGAUGAGGCAGCAUUGCGCAAAGAGGUUAUACGCAAUAAGAUUCGUGCCAUUGGCAAAAUGGCACGCGUUUUCUCCGUACUGCGCGAGGAGUCGGAAUCGGUGUUGCAAUUGAAGGGUCUUACGCCGACGGGCGCUUUACCCUUGGGCGCAUUGUCCGGUGGCAAGCAAUCGCUUAAGAAUGCCAUGCAGGGCUUCUCGCCCAAUCACAAAAUAACCUCAUUUGCGGAGGCCAAGGGACUGGAUGCGGUGAACGAACGAAUGCCACCACGUCGAGAUGCCACUCCAUCGCCGGCGGAAGAGGGACAGAAAACGCUUUCAGCGGCAGCGGCUGCCGCGGCGAAUGCAAAUGCGAAUUCAAUCAAUGGAUAAUUUUAAGACAGAGUGGCAAAUAAAGCAAAACAACAAACAAAAAUUAAAA